AUGCAAAAAAUUGUGCCCGUUGUUGAAGAAGUUAAAUCAGAAGAACCGAUAAUAUUAGAAGAGGUUACAGGUGUAAUAUCACCAAACCCAGCGGUAAUAAUUCCGGAAGCACCAACAUUACCACCUAUGGUAAUUGAGGAAAUCGUACCAGUUGUUGAAGAAAGCAAAUUAGAUAAACCGGUAAUACUAGAAGAAUCAGUGGGUGUGUUAUCUCCUAUUGCAGAAAUUGAAGUUCUAGUUCCAGAAGAACCAAAUUUAUCAAUUGAAGAAGAAAUCAUGCCAACUGUGGAAGAAUUUGAAUUAAUCCAACCAGUUUUAGUAGAGGAAUCUGUAGGUAUGUUAUCUUCGACUGCAGAAAAUAUCCCCGAAGCACCAACUUUACCACCUCUUUUAGUUGAAGAGGUCGUGCCAGUAGUUGAAGAUGUCGAAGUAUUAGAACCAGUAAUAUUAAAGGAAACCGUGAGUGUAGCAUCUCCAAAUACAAACAUUGAUAAUGUUAUCCCCGAAGCACCAACUUUACCACCUCCAUCAAUUGAAGAUAUCGUGCCAGUGGUUGAAGAAGUUGAAGUAUUGGAACCAGUAAUAUUAGAGGAGGCUGUAGGUGUUUUAUCUCCAAGUACAAACAUUGGUGAUGUUAUUCCUGAAGCACCAACUUUACCGCCUCCGUCAAUGGAAGAUAUCGUGCCUGUACUUGAAGAUGUCGAAAUAUUGGAACCAGUAAUAUUAGAGGAAACUGUUGGUGUUAUGCCUGAAACACCAACUUUACCACCUGCCUUAAAUGAAGAUAUUGUGUCUGUUGUUGAAGAUGUUGAAAUGAUGGAACCGAUAAUAUUAGAGGAAACUGUUGGUGUUAUUCCCGAAACACCUACUAUACCAGCAAUUGAAGAACUCAUGCCAUGCGAAGAAGUUGAACUAGUAGAACCGGUAAUGUUAGAAGAGAGACCUGCAGAUGAAUGGUCUUUGAUCACAGAGAUAGACGAAAUAAUCCUGGAACCAUCCACUUUACCACCUCAAUCAAUCGAAGAAAUUGAGUUAGUAGAACCAAUAGCAUUAGUGGAAACUGUAGGUGCAUUAUCUGCAGCUACAGAAAUCAAAGAAAUAGUUCCAAAUGCACCCACUUUUGUAGAAGAAGUUGAAUUAGUGAAACCAGAAAUAUUAGAGGAAACUGUUAUUCUUGAAACACCAACUUUACCGGCAAUUGAAGAACUCUUGCCCGCAUACGAAGAAGUUGAACUAGUAGAACCGGUAAUAUUGGAAGAAUCGAAAGACGUGUUUUCUCCGAUUACAGAAAUCGAACAAAUAAUUCCCGACGCACCGACGUUAUCGCCUAUAUCAAUAGAAAGUGUCGAUCUUUUUAUUAAAGACGUUUUAUUAAAACAACCAGACAUUUUGGAGGAACUCAUAAAAAUAUUUCCAGAAAUUGAUGGAGACAUUACGGAAGCAUCAACUUUGACACCUUUAUCAAUUGGAGAAGUUGAUUCAAAUGACACUAUUGUUUUAGAGGAGUACGCAGAUGUGUUAGCGUCUGAUCCAAAAGUUGAUAUAAUCGUUCCAGAAACUAUUAUACUUGAUGAACAUCUGCCGGUUGAGGAAGAAAUAGUAAUUGAUCCAUGUAUAGGUUUGAAAGAACCAGCUUAUUACAUGUCAAAAACCUCAGAACCUUUGAUCAUUCCAGGACCUCCGAAGCUGUCGUUUAGUGGAGCACCUUGUGCUCUUGUGGAAAAUACAAAGAUAGAGUUCAUGGAUUCACAUGAACCAACAAUUAUAACAGAACCAGUUCUCGAAUCCGACAAGGCAGUAUAUUUUAUAUCAGAACAAUUUCCUGUAAUUAAUGGAGAAGAAGUCAAUGAAGAUGUAAUUAUGGUUGACGCUACAGAAAUGUUUCCUAACGAAGAAGAAACAGAACUAAAAUUCAACAAAGAACCAAAUGCUGCAAAUUCAUCUGCCUUAGACGAGGUUUCUCGAGGUAAUUCUUACCAAAAUAUGGAACAACAAAGUAAUAUUCCCAUGCCAGCAAAUAAUCAGGAAGUAUUUAAUUACGGACCAAUUAUAUCCAAACUGUCCAUCCCUAAAGCAGAAAGCUCAUUAAUGCCUAAAGUUAAAUCUGUGAAAAGUAAGUUGGUUAAAGGCCGUCCAUAUAGAUUUCGCACAAAUCCGUACCCCAAUCUAUCACUGAAAAAACAUUCUACUUCGUACCCUGCUCCCGAACUUGAAAAACCGUUUACAAAUCUUGUGUAA